UUCUCACAGGGGGCUUCUUGGAUCACACUACCAGCUGAAACACUAUAUCAGCUCUCCAUGUAUAUUUAUUAUGUCUGAUUGAAGUAAGCACACACACGUUAUGUUUUGGUGUGGAGUGGACAGCUGUUCAGGAGUGUGUGUGACAUAUAUAUAUGCAUAUUGGCUUGGAGUGUGCAAGAAGUGUGACUUUGUUGCUUCUUCCCUUCUGCUGCAGCCCACAGUAUCUUCCGAUGUUCUGCCCCUGGGCUGUGGGACAACCAGGAACAGCAUUUUGGGGUGCCUUUUGUGCUACAGCAGGAGGGGGGAAGAAAAAAUGUCACCCUCUGUGGAUGGAAAUCUUCUCCCCACAGAAAUGGUCUGAUGGAUUCAAGCCAAUUAAACUGCUAAAUAGUUAUGGGGAGUAAUCCUGACCAGAUCUACUCAGAACAGACCAUCUGGAAAGCGCAAUGAGUGUCAAGGCCUUCAAACUGGUCCCUGCUGUUGAGCGGGAGAUGCUAAUGGGUGAGAAAACUCGUAUCAAUAUUGAAUGCAUCGAAUGCUGCGGAAAGAACCUUUACAUCGGAACCAAUGAUGGUUCUAUUUAUCACUUCCUCUUGGAAGAAAGAAAUUCUCCAUCCGAAAAAACAAGUUUUUCUGUUACCAAGCAGCUACAUAAAUACUUGAGUGUGAGGAAGGCUGUGGGUGAGUUGAAAGCCGCUUCUGCGCUGAACAGACUCCUGGUGCUUUGCGACAGUACCAUAACACUAGUGAACAUGAUGAACCUCGAACCCAUCCCCACAGGGGCUCGAAUCAAGGGAGCUGUGACGUUCACAUUGAAUGAGAACCCUGUAAAUGGGGACCCGUUCUGUGUUGAGGUGUGUAUCGUGUCAGUCAAACGGAGGACCAUCCAGCUGUUCUUGGUAUACGAGGACAGAGUCCAGAUUGUGAAGGAGGUUUUUACUCAGGAGCAGCCCUGUGCUGUGGCUGUGGACGGCCACUACUUGUGUCUUGCCCUCACCACCCAGUACAUUAUAUUGAAUUACAAUACUGGAGCCUCCCAAGAUCUGUUUCCUUACUCUAGUGAAGAGAGACGACCAAUUGUGAAAAGAAUAGGCAGAGAAGAAUUCCUGUUGGCUGGACCCGGUGGAUUAGGUAUGUUUGCAACUGUUGAUGGCAUUUCUCAGCGUGCUCCUGUCCACUGGUCGGAAAAUGUGAUUGGGGCUGCCCUCUGCUUUCCAUAUGUAGUUGCUCUGGAUGAGGAGUUCAUUACAGUUCAUAGCAUGCUGGACCAGCAGCAAAAGCAGACUCUGGCCUUUAAGGAUGGUCACAUCCUGCAAGACUUUGAAGGCAAAGUUAUUGUGGCGACCAGUAAAGGGGUAUACAUCUUGGUGCCGCUACCAUUGGAAAGACAGAUUCAGGAUCUUUUGGCCAGCCACAGAGUCGAAGAAGCUCUGGUGUUAGCAAAGGGUGCUCGAAGAAAUAUUCCAAAAGAAAAAUUUCAGGUAAUGUACAAGCGAAUCCUGCAACAAGCAGGCUUUAUACAGUUUGCACAGCUUCAGUUCCUAGAAGCGAAAGAACUUUUCAGAAGCGGCCAGCUCGAUGUCCGGGAGCUGAUCUCUCUCUAUCCCUUCCUGUUGCCUGCCUCCUCUUCCUUCAUGCGGUCCCAUCCUCCUCUCCAUGAAUAUGCCGACUUAAACCAGCUGACCCAAGGGGACCACGAGAAGAUGGCCAAAUGCAAACGGUUUCUUAUGAGCUACUUGAAUGAAGUGCGCAGCACUGAUGUUGCAAACGGCUACAAGGAAGAUGUUGAUACGGCUUUAUUGAAACUUUAUGCAGAAGCCAAUCAUGAGAGCCUUCUAGACUUGCUGGUCUCGGAGAAUUUCUGUCUUCUCACAGAUAGUGCUGCUUGGCUUGAAAAGCACAAAAAGUAUUUUGCACUUGGACUUCUAUAUCAUUCAAAUGGUCAAGAUGCUGCGGCACUGCAGUUAUGGAUAAAAAUUGUCAAUGGAGAUGUUCAGGAUUCUACACGCACGGACCUCUAUGAGUACAUAGUGGAUUUCCUUACUUCUUGCUCAGACCAUGAACUGGUCUGGAAGUAUGCCGAAUGGUUGUUACAGCGAAAUGAGGAGAUUGGUGUACAUGUUUUUACCAGAAGGCCGCAGGAAGAAGAACAGGAGAACAGCUUUAAUCCAGAUGAUGUCAUGAGCUGCCUUAACAAAUACCCCAAAUCACUAGUAAAAUAUUUAGAGUUUUUAGUUCUAGAAAGAAGAAUACAGAAGGAAAAGUACCACACUCACCUAGCGGUGCUGUAUCUAGAAAAAGUGCUACACCUGAAAUCAUUGGAGACAGAAAGGAGUGAAGAACUGGUUGAUACACAGGCGAAGCUACAAAGUCUUCUGCGGAAAUCUGACCUUUAUAGAGCAUACUUUAUUUUAGAUAAAAUCAGUGGCUCAGAUCUUCAUAUGGAGUGUGCAAUAUUGUAUGGGAAACUGGAAGAGCACGACAAAGCUUUACAUAUCCUUGUCCAUGUAUUGAAGGACUUUGCUGCUGCCGAGGACUAUUGUGUGUGGAAUUCUGAAAACAAAGGCAUUCCUUACCGACGGAAGCUGUUCCAUAUGCUGCUUAUGGCAUAUCUAAAUUCCAGCUCAGCCGAACGUGAACUGGUCAUGGCAGCUGUGGAUCUCCUAAACAGUCAUGCGGCUGAUUUUGAUGCUGCCCUUGUUUUGCAGCUUCUCCCUGAUAGCUGGUCAGUGCAGCUUCUCUCCUCAUUUUUGACUGGAGCAAUGAGGGAAAGUAUCCAUGCUCAGAGAAUGUCUCAGAUUGCACUAGGGCUAGCAAAAACCGAGAACUUAAUUUACAAGCACGAGAAGGUAAAACUAAAAGGACACACCACUGUUCUUUCAGACAGAAAACUUUGCCAGGUGUGCCAGACUCCCUUCUGUGAGCCUGCUUUUGUCAGGUAUCCAAAUGGCAGUGUGGUCCACACUCAUUGUGCGGCGAACAGACUUGUGACUUCAAACACAAACCACCACUUCUCCAGCUCCAGCGGAAGGACAUGAAAUGAACUUCGAAGGGUGCCAGAGGGCUGGAGUGGUUGCUCGGUGUGGGAAACGAGGGAGAAUCAGAUGGAUAAAAAGAACAAAUGGAAGAGAAGAAAUUGCCCUGGGGAAUAACAGGAAGAGUCAGUGUGAAACAUGGCCAUUUAACCUGCUGAUCCUUUUAAUGAAUGUAGAUGGCGCAACAGAAAUGACAAAUCUGUUUCUAUCAAGUAAUAAGCAAGUACAGUAAAGAUGUUAGGGAGGGGGAGGGAGACAAAAUACCUUUUUAAAAUUAGAACUUGCACUGAAUUUGGUGAUCAGCUGGCCUUGGGAGAAGAGGGGCUGAUGAAGAAAGCUGAUUUUGGGAGAGGUUCUGUCUCUUGAAUAAAUGGCAUGAAACAGCACUUUCUUGAGAGUAGAGCAGACAUGCAGUAUGGUUCUACGUUUUGCCUACCGGGCAGCAUCACAAAUUUAUUCUGUGCUCUUCAUACUGUUGAGAUUUUAUGCACUUUGAGCCUCUGUACUCCAUUUUUCUUUGCCAUUUAUUACAAACCAUAUGAAAGCACUGGCUUCUGGGUAAUUCCUGCUCAUUUUGGAAGUUAAAGGGAAACAGGACAGUGGCAGCACCAUUGGGAGAUGAUGAGCCCCACCACUUCGUUCUGACACUAACAACAGGAAAGCCACCUGAAUUCAGAGUCCUGUUAUAUGGAACCAUAAACCAUUGGUGGGAGGGGGGAUGGGUUGAAGGAUGAUGCUUUAAUAAAUGUAAUGAUUUAUUUAUUAUCAUACAGAUGUUCUGUAAAUACAGUUGAAUGAAAUGUUUUUAUAUCUCAGAAGUUCUCAAGAGCAAAAAUAUGUAACCAGUGAUUCCAGGUGUAGCUUUUGGUGUAGGUUUUUACACCUGACAACACAAUUCAUGAUUUCCUGCAAGGGAAAAAAUGGUGCCUCUGAUUUGCUUUUCAGGAGUGCACCUUGGUUCAUAUAAAGGGGGUAAUGGUGCUGUAAAGACAUCAAUAGUUGCAUCCUGAAUUGCUGAUAAGCUUGAUAAUACUUAAUAAAUGCUCUAUGA